AUGACCACCAACAGCAUCUCUUCGACUAAAGCUAAGGCCCGAACCUUGAAUGUGUCCGGUCCUAUGGACGUCUACGAAGUUUUAUCAACAACCAGCAACUCUACAUAUCCUUUGCGGGAUGCCCAUGCUUCUAUAGUAUGUAAAGGUCUGAACGGCAACAACGGUUACAAGUACCAAGUGAAGUUGUCCGCGUAUGCGAACGAAGCCAGCCUACUUCAAACUGAUGGUGUCUACGUGAUGAAAUCGAGAAUGAUCGCACCCAACGUGGAAGACAAUGUACCAACAUUGUACUAUGAGGCCGAUCACGCGAUGCUGGUCAAUACUUCCAAAGAUGUGAAGGGUUCGUUAGCUGACAACACAGCUGUCUCAGGUCUCGCCUUAAUUGUUGAUAGAUAUACAAUUCAAGAAGACUCCUACGAUAAGCCGACCGUGGUCGCCGUUGCUGAGCAUUGUGAUUAUGACAACGCGGCGAAGGAGAUGGUCACCUUUAAAGUCGCCUACUACAUACGCCCCGUUAGGAACCUCCUCGCCAUGCAAACUUUGUUCCAAGUCAACCGAGAAGCGGUUAUCACUGGCUACCUUAUUGAUUACGACACGGAUAAUAAUCGCUUCGUUUGUGAUGUCACCGGGAUUAACCUGACCGUGGUUCGAGAAGCGGGUAGGUCCUCCACAACCACCGUCAAAACCAAAGAUACUGGUCAAACCCCGUCGGGCCGUGCUAGAGGAAAAUUUUUCAAAAAAGGUAAAAUUGAUUCCCAAUCAAAUAAGCACACCAUUGCGACUGAAGGUGUCGACGAGGCGAACUCAGUCAAAGGGUCUAAAAGACCGAAGAAAUAA